AUGUUGCAUAGGAUGAGCAGUAUAUAUCACUCUUCUUCAUCCAUCUCCAUCAUGUCAUUUGUACCUCGUCGGAUAUUCCCAAACUAUAAUAUCCCACUAUCCAACUUUAAGGGUCAUCAUCAAAAGGCACUCACGAGGUUUGGUCAUUUGGCUCCACAAAUCGAUUUGGUAUUGGAGGUUCGUGAUUCAAGAGCUCCAGUGUCAACCACCAAUGUUUUGUUUGAUAAAGUUCUUGCCCACAAGCAGAAACUCAUUCUAUACUCCAAGAAAGACUUGUCUAUUCUUCAAACAGACUUGUUGAACCGUUGGCAUGCCUCGAAUAAUGAACAGUAUCUCUUUGUUGAUGCUCGUAGUAAGAAAGAUGCCCAAACGGUCAUUGAUAUUAUUUCAGAACGAUAUCGGUCUAUGAACCCACCACCUCCUCUUGGGCUCAGAUUGAUGGUCAUAGGGAUGCCCAAUGUUGGGAAGUCCACCUUGGUCAACUCACUCCGUGAGGUUGGGUUCCUGUCGCAUUCUGUUCCCGGAAGAAUCUCAUCUAAAAAGGCCAAAGUUGCCCGUACUGGUGGUCAACCUGGUGUUACCAAGGCCACCUCAGAAAUCAUCAGAAUUUGUGAAGAACCAAACUUGCUCAUGCAUGAUACCCCGGGGGUAUUUCUCCCAUCGGUAAAGGACAUUGAGACAAUGCUUGCCCUCAGUCUUGUGGGGUGUGUUCAUACUUCCUACAUCGAUCCAGUGAUUAAGGCAGAUUAUCUCUUAUAUCUUCUCAACUUGCAGGACCCCACGGGUUCCAAAUACCUGGAGUAUUUGGACCAUCCAACCAAUGAUAUCCAGGAACUCUUACAUGGUAUUGCCACCACCAGAAAUGUGAUUAAAAAGGGCAACACUUUCGAUGAGUUGGGAAUGGCCACUCAUUGGGUCAAUCUUUGGCAACAGGGGAAGCUGGACAAAUAUAUGGGACUUUUUGACUUGUGUACAAUUGUUGAAUCGAAUGGAGAUUCCCUACGUGAUAUAUUCCGUGCUGAACGUGAAAGAGUCAAUGGUAUGUCAGUUAGCACAAAGAUUAAAAAUAGUUUAGGAGAAGAUGGGACUGGCCGUGCCAAGGAUAGAAAGAGAACUGCAAAGGAUAGAGAGUAUGACUUGAAGAAUGCUUUAUUCAAGUAA